AGCUUGUAGGACUCAGGCAGCACAAUAUGGCUUUUGAUUACAAAGAUCAAAGUGAACGGGAGGACAUUUCGCUCCCGCCUCCCUUCCAGCGCAACAGUCAGAGAGCAUCGCAGUAACACAACGUGGAAGAGGAGGUGGUGGGAAAACAAAUCUCGGGAUCUGUAGCUUCCUUCCAUUUGCAACAUGAGCAGCGCUAGCGUUGAGCCUGCGACCUCGCCGGAGUUCGUAGACGACCGGCCGGUGGAUGAUUCCUUCGACGACACCUACAGGGAGAAGCAAGGAGCCAAGCCGGCUAUGAAGAUGGUGUGGCGGAACAUUAUCCUGAUGGGGGCUCUGCACUUAGCUGCUAUCUACUCCUCCGUUCUGGUGCCUUUCGCGAAACCGCUAACCUGGCUAUGGGCCGCCUUUUGCUUCUUGCUCAGUGCCCUUGGGGUGACAGCGGGUGCUCACCGACUAUGGAGUCACCGGUCUUACACAGCCACCACGCCGCUCAGGGUGUUCCUGGCCGUUGCAAACUCUAUGGCUUUCCAGAAUCAUAUUUAUGAAUGGGCUCGGGACCAUCGAGUACAUCACAAAUUCUCAGAAACAGACGCUGACCCUCACAACGCCACGCGUGGCUUUUUCUUCUCGCAUGUCGGCUGGCUGAUGGUCCGGAAGCAUCCAGAUGUGAUUGAAAAGGGAAGCAAGCUGGACCUCAGUGACUUGAAGGCAGACCCCGUUGUCAUGUUUCAGAAAAAAUAUUAUAAGCCCUCCGUGGUGCUAAUGUGUUUCUUCAUUCCCACGGUGGUUCCCUGGUAUUUCUGGGGUGAGUCUCUCUGCAACGCGUACUUCAUCGCUGCCAUCCUGCGGUACACAUUGGUAUUAAAUGCCACCUGGUUGGUGAACAGCGCAGCCCACAUGUUCGGGAACCGGCCCUAUGACCGAUGGAUCAACCCCCGCGAGAAUAGAUUUGUCGCAUUCGGCGCGAUCGGUGAGCAUCUUGAUUUUAAGCCUGGCAUUGUGUUGACUUUUUUUUGGAGGUAACUCAUUGUAUUCAGU